UAUUGGUUGUCUUCUUCAUGGGGUCCCAAACAGCUCUGAGAUUUAGAGUAUUGGGUUACAGUUUCGCAGCAAAAUGGCGACUGUCAUUCAGAAUCCUCUCAAAUCGCUCGGUGACCAGUUCUACCGGGAGGCCAUAGAACACUGUCGCAGCUACAACGCCCGUCUGUGUGCCGAGCGGUCGGUCCGCAUGCCCUUCCUGGACAACCAGACUGGCGUGGCCCAGAACAACUGCUACAUCUGGAUGGAACAGCGCCACCGCGAGCCAGGUGUGGCUGCUGGACAGAUGUAUACGUACCCUGCACGGUGCUGGAGGAAGAAGAGGCGGCUCCACCCCCCUAUGGACCCUCAGCUACGCCUCUGUGAACUACGACUGGAGGCAGAGCUGGCCCCUAAGAAGGAGCCCUCCCCAGGAGAGGCCACAGCUCUGGAGACUCUGCUCAGAGGGGAGGGGCUACUGGAGAAGAAGAAAGACAUCAUCAAGGAGGACGAGACCCUUCUAGAGAUACAGAGGGUCCUGGAAGCAGACGAGAAUGGGGACGGUUUCCAUGACGACGAGGACUUUGAAGUGGACACUCCGAAGAGGAAGCAGAGGAAAGGAAGGGGCAGAGGGUCCAGUCGCAGGAGGACAGAAGCUGCUACCAACGAUGAUGUGGAUAAACCUUACGUCUGUGACAACAGAAACAAACAAAAGCAUAAGUCAAAAACUGCCGACUCAGUCUGUGGCAAACGCUACAAGAACCGCCCAGGCCUGAGUUACCACUACGCCCACACACACCUGGCUGAGGAGGAAGGGGAGGAGGAGAGGGAGGAAGAGAUGCCACCGACCCCGCCACCACACCGACCAGACCCAGACCCAGACAACCACAAACCUCAGAGGGCGGCAGAUGGCUCCAUCAUCCCUAACGACUACUGCGACUUCUGUCUGGGAGACUCUGACUCUAACAGGAAGACUGGCCAGGCUGAGGAGCUGGUGUCCUGCUCUGACUGCGGCCGUUCCGGCCACCCAACCUGUCUGCAGUUCACAGACAACAUGAUGAUGGCGGUGAAGACCUACCAGUGGCAAUGCAUCGAGUGCAAGUCCUGCAGCCUCUGCGGCACCUCAGAGAACGACGACCAGCUGUUGUUCUGUGACGACUGUGACAGAGGAUACCACAUGUACUGUCUGAAGCCCCCCAUGACCAAGCCUCCUGAAGGGAGCUGGAGCUGUCACCUGUGUUUGGAUCUGUUGAAGGACAAGGCCUCAGCCUAUGAAGAGCCAUAGCAUCACACACACCAUAAUGGAUUUACAGGCUCAGGGCGUAACGUUCAGUCUCACCUCGUUCACUUUCUCAGUUUCUUGUGUGAGGAGAAAGUGCUACCCUCUACCUCUGAAAUGGAAACACAACCCUACAGAUGCAACACUUCUACAACAUGCAAUCCUUAUCUGCCAAUCAGUUCUCUACCUCACAACUUCACAACCAACCACAGACAGAACCCAACAGGCAAACAGGCAAUACAUUCCACCAGUGAUUUACCAGGUAUCAUGUGAGGUCAUAAUUAAGCGACGUAGGUCAGGACCCCUUUGAACCAAAAUGUCAUUCUGUGCUAUAAAAAAAAUUAUAAUUUAAAAAAAAAACUCCACAAAGAAUAGUAAAUAGUUUAAAUAGUAAUCUUGUUCCACAGUGUUUGACACUGCUGUUGUACCAUGUAGUCUCAUCUGACUGUUAGCUAACUAGAGAUGUUUGUCUUAGCUGAGAUCAAAAACACACUUAUGUGCCUGACAAGGAGAGUUUGUGUCUGUUUGACAAACAUUUGAUUUCCAGUCCCAUCCUUGUUUAGAUUUCACAGUGACGUUCUUUCAUAUUUUGCACCAAGACAUAUUAAAUAUUUGAAAUAUCAUUACUCACAGGACUUGUCUAACAUCAUUUUAUCAAGGUGUAACGCAAUCCCUCUUAGGGGGUCGUUGUUGCAGCCACUAUUGUUAGUUUUUUUUUUAUCCCAGUUUGUGGUUACUAGGAUACUAAGUAUCCAAUGACAACGAUCUAAACAGUUAUUCAUUUAAAACUGGUCGAAAUGUCUGGCUGUUGUGACUGUUGCUGUGGACGGAUGCUUUGUGUGAUAGAGAAAGCAAUGCAACCGUGCUCCACUUCAGAAUCCGCUAUCUAAAUAAAUCCCGUUACCAUACAAGAUGACUUCAGAGUCCGCUAUCUAAAUCACGUUACCAUACAAGAUGACUUCAGUGUCCCCUAUCUAAAUCACGUUACCAUACAAGAUGACUUCAGAGUCCCCUAUCUAAAUCACGUUACCAUACAAGAUGACUUCAGAGUCCCCUAUCUAAAUCACGUUACCAUACAAGAUGACUUCAGUGUCCCCUAUCUAAAUCACGUUACCAUACAAGAUGACUUCAGAGUCCCCUAUCUAAAUCACGUUACCAUACAAGAUGACUUCAGUGUCCCCUAUCUAAAUCACGUUACCAUACAAGAUGACUUCAGAGUCCCCUAUCUAAAUCACGUUACCAUACAAGAUGACUUCAGAGUCCCCUAUCUAAAUCACGUUACCAUACAAGAUGACUUCAGAGUCCCCUAUCUAAAUCACGUUACCAUACAAGAUGACUUCAGAGUCCCCUAUCUAUAUCACGUUACCAUACAAGAUGACUUCAGAGUCCCCUAUCUAAAUCACGUUACCAUACAAGAAGACUUCAGAGUCCGCUAUCUAAAUCACGUUACCAUACAAGAUGACUUCAGAGUCCCCUAUCUAAAUCACGUUACCAUACAAGAUGACUUCAGAGUCCGCUAUCUAAAUCACGUUACCAUACAAGAUGACUUCAGAGUCCCCUAUCUAAAUCACGUUACCAUACAAGAUGACUUCAGAGUCCCCUAUCUAAAUCACGUUACCAUACAAGAUGACUUCAGAGUCCCCUAUCUAAAUCACGUUACCAUACAAGAGGUUUUGUCGUUUAAAUAACUUUGUUUUUGUUGUUGGGAAGAUUGAUGUAGGACAUUGGGACAAUUAUAGGACUGCAUCCAUAGAGAGACAUAUUCACAUAGAGACACAAUCCAUUCACACUGGGUCACAAACAUAUACAAAACACAUACCUCGUAGCUCUACCACCACGUUUCAGUCGGUGAAUGGUACAAGGUGAUCGUUUCGACUGGCGCGUAGGAUACCUCGCAUUAUCCGCGUUAAUCAUGCGCCCGUUGUUUUUUUGUACAUUUGUAUCUUUAUGUUUUUAGUAAAUGUCAACUUGUUUUAUAGGCUCCCCUUCUCUUUGUAUAUCAUUCAAAACUUUUAAUGUAAAAACUUUCCAACAUUCUUAUAUACCAAUUCACGUUCUUCCACGUGAACAUGGUGGCGAUAGAUUGCACUGAACACGGUCAUUAUAGAUGACAUUAUAGGACUAUUGGAUAGAUUUUAAAGAACACGGAAACACAAUCCUGAAACAGAAGACCUGAAAUUGUUUUUAUCGAUGUUGUUUAAAAAAAAUAAAAACGUAUUUAAUGCUAAAAAUGAAUGACGACGUCAUGACUGGAAAUGUCUUACAGCUAUUUUCUUAUUUUGUUUUUGCGCUUUUGUGUUUUGAUAUUGUUUCUCUCCUCAGACAAUCAUGAAGUAGACUAGAUACUGCAUAUUGCUCGAGUACCCAAAGGGUUCCCUAUUCCCUCUAUAGUGCACUACUUUUGGGCCCUUGUUAACAAUAGUGCACUAAUAUAAGGAAUAAGACGCCAUUUUGAGACGCAUCCAUGAUGUUAAUUAACAUCUGAAUGGUUUCCUUGGUUUCACCCCCCCCCCACCCCCAUGUGGACUGUUUUAACAGCUUCCUGUUUAUAUCACCAUGCCAACUUCACACUUGAGAAAUAUGUGUGUCAAUAUAAUUUUGUUUUAUAUUGGAGACCAUCAAUUAUAUAUGGAUACUAUUUUGUGUCGGUUUUGGGUACAUUAUUAAACGUUUGUAUGUAUGUUUUAGUUUUUUUUGUGUUGAAAUAAAGUUUAGUCCUUGGUUAUA